GGCUCUUGUACCUGAAGUGCAAGGCAACGAGAGAGCUACGCGUGUGAGCGCUUGCCUGGAGCUCCAGCCUGCCAGCCUGGGCCGCAUCGCAUGGAAGCAAGCACUGGACAGCAACAAUCAGCCUUCCUUCCUCCACCACUGCCCGCAAACCACACCCGCCACAGUCAACAAACGGCCAGCAACCGACUUGACCCUCCGUGCAACAUACCCUACCGUCCGCUUCCCUCUUCAAACCGGCCAUCAUGUCGAGAAGAUACGAUUCCCGAACAACCAUCUUCUCGCCCGACGGCCGCCUGUACCAAGUCGAAUAUGCGCUAGAAGCCAUUUCCCAUGCCGGCACGGCCAUCGGCAUCCUGGCCAAGGAUGGCAUCGUCCUCGCCGCCGAGCGCAAGGUCACGUCAAAGCUGCUCGAGCAGGAUACAUCAGCCGAGAAACUCUACAUUCUGAAUGAUAACAUGAUUUGCGCCGUCGCCGGUAUGACGGCCGACGCCAACAUCCUGAUCAACUACGCCCGGCAAGCCGCCCAGCGGUAUCUGCUUACGUACAACGAAGACAUCCCCUGCGAGCAGUUGGUGCGCCGACUCUGCGACCUGAAGCAAGGCUAUACACAACACGGUGGUCUGCGGCCGUUUGGCGUCUCGUUCAUCUACGCCGGCUGGGACCCGCAGCGCCAGUUCCAGCUCUACCUCAGCAACCCCUCGGGCAACUACGGCGGGUGGAAGGCGACGAGCUCAGGCGCCAACCACGCGAGCGCGCAAAGCUUGCUCAAGCAGGACUACAAGGAGGAUUGUACGCUGAAGGAGGCGUGCGGCAUGGCGGUCAAGGUGCUUAGCAAGACGAUGGACUCGACCAAGUUGAGCAGCGAGAAGAUCGAAUUUGCGACGGUGGGCCAGACCAAGGACGGAAAGAUCUACCACAAGCUAUGGAGCGCGGAAGAGAUCACGGCGUUAUUGAAGGAGCACGAUUUGGCCAAGGACGAGACGACCGAGGAAAAGUAGACGAGGACAUGAUAGACAAGGCGGUCGGGAAUAAGACUCCUUGCGAGUGCUGCGUGUACCAAUACAGUUUGAUGCAUGCGGGUAACCAAACGCCUCCUACAACGAACCUGCUACAGCAACGAACCCCAUGUGUAUAUGCAAACAGCCACCGAACAUUGCCAAGUGCUUUUUAAACUCCAGCCACGCACCACAAACACACUCAAUCGACCUAGCAAGCAAUGUCAGCACUCGUCUCACAUUCUCAACGCCCCCAACUCAAUACCUACAUUCCUCCCACGCGCCAGCCCCUCCUCCUCAUCCCCCAACCUCCCAUAUCCACCCCUCCCACCACCA